AUGCGAUGCCGAUCAAGCACAGGAGAAACAAUGAGAAGAACCAUCCGUCUGUCCGUGUAUAUCACGCUUGUUUGGACAGUAUAUGUUGUCUUAUUUCUGGUAAUAAGUUUUCCUGAAGCCUUCGACGAACACAAGAGUAGUCAUGGUUACAUUCGAUCUGCUUUGGUUUUCCGGAAACAACGUCCAAAUAUUACUUUACCUACCCGGAAAGGCAACAGCCCCAGUCAGGCAUGGCUCAGAAAUUUUCACUCUAAAAAAGGAAACCUAACCGCUUUAGAGGCUGAGCAACUGGAUACUGUUGAUACAAACGUAGAUUAUGUCGUCACAGAGACGGGAAAGGUUAAGGUAUUAGUUGUUAAUAGAACAAUCAAAGCUGCGGGAAAGAAACCAGAAAAGGGAAAGGAUACAUACAACGAAAACUUGAUUCAAACGUUACGUCUUAGGCGUGAAGACAAUGAAAGGCGGUACUACACUCCGCGGAAAACUAAAGUCAAUCCGAUAGAUCAUGAGUUUAUUAUAAACGGUGCUCAGAUUUGUACAACAGAUGCAAAAUACAUGACUAUACUUGUCGCAAUUCCAUCCAUUCCAAGUCAUUAUUUUAUCAGGGAUGCUAUACGUAAAACGUAUGGUUCAUACUCUAAAAAGUCAUUUCUGAUAGAACAUUCCGCCAUUGAAGUGACUGUCAGAUUAAUGUUUCUUGUUGGAAAGGACGGUGAUAUUAAUACGGACAGAAUUGUUCGGAACGAGAGUAGGGUAUAUGGUGAUAUCGUGCUUGCAGAUUUUGUAGAAUCAUAUAGAAACUUGACAAGAAAAAUGUUAAUAGCCUUGAAAUGGGUAUCUAUUUAUUGUAGUGAUGUUGAUUUCGUAAUGAAAGUGGAUGAGGAUGUGUUUGUAAACAUUCCACAACUUGCCAAAAACCUCCACAGGCGGCCUUAUGGUAUUAAAGGUUCCGUGUACGGAUAUAUAAACGUUCACUUAUCUGUCCGCAGGAAAGGGAAGUGGGGGAUAUCAAAAGAUGAAUUCCCUUUAACACAUUAUCCUAACUAUGCAUCGGGAAACUCUUACGUUAUUUCUGGUAAUAUAAUACCCCGGAUGUACAUGAUAUCUGAAUAUUUACCUUACAUGCCAAUAGAGGACGCAUUCAUCACUGGGUGUCUAGCGCGGAUAGUCGAAGCUAAGGUUGUAUCUGUACCAGGGUUCACCUACUGGUUUGAUCCAGAACCGAACCCUUGUCAGUUCGUCAGAGACAAAAGAAUAUCAGCUACCCACGUUACCACUACUGUUAUGGAGAAACUUUGGAAAGCAUGCAAUUCUUAUUCAGAAACAUGUGUAAAAUACAAUUUUACAAAAUAA